CGUAGGGCUCCGCCGAGUCAAUCCGGUGAAUCGACUCGCUGGAUCGAAGAGCGAAUUCGAGUCAUGCUUAACUCGGAGGCUAGGAGCUACCGUGCUGAUGCAGUGUGCACGAUUGGAGGAGGAUAAAAAGAGUUUCAGCAUCGAAGGGGCAGAAAAGGAAUUUUAUUUGAUAAAAGUGGUUAAAAUGGCAACGGGAAAUGCACCAUUGGCGAAGAAGCUUGAAGGAGGAAAAUUGGGUCUUAGCGGAGGUCGAAGAUGAAGUUUACUAAUAGGUAAAACCUUUCCUAAACCCUUGGAUUUUAAAGUGAGUUACGGUUUUGCCCUUAUAGAGUAUAAACCCAAUCGAAAGAGAACUACAACGUUCUCUCUUCUCUCUGUUCAUCUUCUUCCUUUAUGAUCCUUGACUCUUCUUCAAUUCCUCCCUUAAUUCAAUCGUGCACAUAUCAAUUUGAUAUCUUCUAUAAUUAAUCUCGACCAGAUGCAUCCAAGGCCCAACCUUUUCCGUGGAAAGUUUAGACUCGGGAACAUUUUCUCGGGAAACAAACACUCCCUAAGGCCAUUCUUUUCAGACAACACUCCAUUACCAAUCGUAACCGAACUCAUAUCAAAACAACACUGGGGAAGCCUCAAAACCCAUCUCCAAAACGAAAACCCCAUCACACUUCUGCAACAACUGCUUGAUUCUAGGAUUGACUCUUGCCUCACACUAAGGUACUAUAAAUGGUCAGAGAAAGAGUUUAAUCUCUCCCAUUCAUUAGAACAUAGUUGUAUGCUGUUACAUUCUCUUGCAAAUUCUAAAGAGUAUCCGAAAAUGAGAUCUUUCUUACAUGGCUUUUUGAAGAAUGAGAACCCCAUUUCAGUUUCUUCUAUUUUUCAUGCCAUUUCAAUAUCUGGUGAUAGUUUUUGUGCUGGUUCUAUAAUUGCUGAUAUGUUGAUAUUGGCUUAUGUGAAUCAUAUGAAAAUUGAUUUAGGAUUUGAGGCUUUUAAGAGAGCUGGUGACUAUGGUUUUAAGUUAUCGGUAUCGUCGUGUAAUCCUCUGUUGAGUGCUUUGGUGAGGGAGGAGAAGAUUGGAUAUAUGGAAUAUGUCUAUAAAGAGAUGAUUAGGAGGAGAAUUGAGUUUAAUUUGAUAAGUUUUAAUACUGUGAUCAAUGGACUGUGUAAAGUUGGGAAAUUGAAUAAGGCUAGUGAUGUUGUUCAGGACAUGAAGGCAUGGGGGAUCUUGCCAGAUGUGAUUACCUAUAAUACUCUUAUUGGUGGCUAUUGUAAGAAAGGUCGGAUCGGGAAAAUGUACAAAGCGGAUGCUAUAUUGAAGGAAAUGAUUUCGAACGAAGUUAGACCGAAUGAGAUUACUUUCAAUAUAUUGAUCGAUGGGUUUUGCAAGGAUGAGAAUUUAUCAGCAGCUAUGAAGGUGUUUGGGGAAAUGCAGACACAAGGUAUGAAGCCUACUGUGGUUACAUAUAAUUCUUUGAUUAAUACACUCUGUUUGGAAGGGAAGCUUGAUGAGGCUUUCCGUAUGCUGGAUGAAAUGGUAGGAUCUGGUUUGGAGCCGAAUGUUGUUACUUACAAUGCACUUAUAAAUGGGUACUGUAAGAAGGGUAAGAUGAAGGAAGGUACUGACUUGUUCGAUGAUGUUGUAAGACGAGGAAUUGCUCCUACUGUUAUAACAUAUAAUACUCUGAUAGACGCCUAUUGUAAGGAUGGGAGAAUGGAAGACGCAUUUGCUCUGCGCGAAUCUAUGUUAGAUAGAGGUAUUUUCCCUAAUAUUUCGACAUAUAACUGCUUAAUUGCUGGUUUAUGUAGAGAAGGAAACAUUGCGAUCGUAACAAAGCUCAUGGAUGAAAUGCAAAAUAAAGGUGUGAAAGUUGAUUUUGUUACAUAUAACAUACUGGUCGGUGCAUUGUGCAAGGAUGGAGAGUCGAGAAAGGCUGCAAGAGUCUUAGAUGAGAUGGUUAAGAUAGGUUUGAGACCGAAUCAUGUAACGUAUAAUACUUUGAUGGAUGGCUAUUGCAGGGAGGAAAACCUCAGAGCAGCAUUGAACGUUAAAACACGAAUGGAGAAAGAAGGGAUGCGGGCUAAUGUUGUGACAUACAAUGUGCUAAUAAAGGGUUUAUGCAAGAAGGGUAAAUUGGAAGAGGCAAAUGGACUUCUUAAUGAGAUGUUAGAGAAAGGUUUGGUCCCAAAUCGAACAACUUAUGAGAUAGUUAAAGAGGAAAUGGUGGACAAAGGCUUUGUUCCUGACAUUGAAGGACAUCUGUAUAACAUCCCAGGCAGCUGAUAACCUUUAAAAAAAAACUGAUUUGUAUUACCAUGACCAAUUAUUUAUUGGCAUUGUUGAUCAAUUGAUCUGAGAGAAUGUCAAGUGGUUUUAUCAUGUUUAUAAAAAGAUAGUUCCGAUUUGUCUUGUUCCCAUUUCUGCAGCAUCCAUUUAUAUGCUUUUUCUUGCAAUGGAUACUUCAAUAUCCUCCUCGAUUCCUCAGAACAUGCUACUUAUUUCAGAUUCAGCUUGUGCAUUGAAGGGGGAUGUGAAGCUUUAUUUUUACAACAUUAGAGCUGCUCAUGUCGAUGGAGCAACGAAUCUUGCAAAUGCUCAGAGGACACAGUGUUGCAAGGCAUGUCCGCUGAAGAUACAUACGAGUGACAAAAUCUAAAGAGGCUACGGUUCGAUGGGUCGAGUCACCUGUCUCAUUUCCUUAGAACCAAGAACCACUUGGACAGCAAUUCACAUUCAUUUGAUCAUAAUAUGACAAUAACUUUGAACUCCAUCCUAUGCAGUGCUUAAAACUAGCUCUUUCAACUUUGAAGAGCAAAAUGAACACAAGAAUCAAUAAUGUUUGGGAAUGUAAGCCCUCAAAUUAUCAGUUUUGUUCGAACCUAAGUUUUACAAUCUAGUCAGUUUCUAAAGCUUUACAACAUAAACAACUAUGAUACCCUGUGCCUUGUUCAACACCGAGCUGCUUUAAGGAAGUUGUCGAACGGGCUAGCGGGAGGCAACCUCUUAGACAAACAUGGGUCGAUCUGUGAGACAGCUCUGGUUAAAGCACUUU